AUGGAAACUGUAAAAUUUAAUGUAAACUAUUGAAUCGAAUAAACAUGAUAUCGAAUAUCAUAUAUGAAUCGAAUAAACAUUUUUAAAUAAUACAUAUUCGUGUGUUUACGUAUAUAGCUUGUUAAUUUAUAUAAACUUAGCUGGACUAAGUAUGAAAUGAAAACAAAAUUAAGUUUUAAAUUUAGUUUUACUUUAAGUAUUAAGAUAAUAUCUAUUAAUGUUGAAAGAAAUUAAUUCACAGAUGAGGUGUUUGUGUAAGAAAAAUAGACAAACUUAACUUUAAAUGACCUAACCUUAAAGUUAAUUAAUUUCUGAUAUAUUAAUGAAAAAAGAUUAAUAAAAUAUUCAAUAUGGUAAUUAAAAUUGACAUUCAAUUUAAUUUUAAUUUUUUCAUGCAUUAUUAAUAUUUAAAUAUAAACAUCAAAAGAAAUGAAAUAAUUUAGUGACUUUAUUGUAUAUAUUUUGUAUAUAUUUUUGUAUAUAUAUUUACAUGUAGUCUAUGUAGUUGAUGUAGUAAUGUAUAUAGUAAUAUAUUUACAUGUAGUCUAUGUAGUUGAUGUAGUAAUGUAAUGUAAUAAUGAAAUAAGAAGUUACAGUAAAAAAAUAAUAAAUUUUCAGCAUGGCAGAGUAAAAGUUCGAACAACUGCUGAGCAGGAAGCAUUAAAGAAGAAGGAAAGGGCUGAAAAACUUUCACGUUAUAGAAUUGGCAUGAGCAUUGUGUUUAAAAAAAGGAAAGAUAAAAUUUAUGACGAAGAACUGAUGAUGGUUACUGAACGUAUGGUAUUACAAAAUCCAGAUAUCUAUACUUUAUGGAACAUUCGUAGAGAGGCAUUUACAAAUAAUGAUUGUUCAUUGUUGGAAUUAUAGGGAAUUUGUUGUACAAAAAGCAGGAAUUUCUCCUGAGGAAGAAUUUGAAUUUGCUACCUCAAAGAUUUUAAAUAAUUUCUCUAAUUAUUCUUCCUGGCAUUACAGGAGCCUACUGUUAUCAAAAAUGUUUCAUAAUUCUGACCAAAAUGAUAUUGAUGAAAAAAAGAAACAGGAAUUAGAUUUGGUAAUGAAUGCUACAUUCACAGAUCCUAACGAUUCUAGUGCUUGGUUCUACCAAAGAUGGUUAUUAAAUACUCAUGAAUGCCUUCCUAUACUUUCUCAAGUUUUAGUAAAAAGUGAUAAUGUGAUCCUUUUUACUAAUAAAAAUAUAUCAACUGAGUCAGUAUAUUUAAAAGUAAAUAAUGAAAAUGAAAAUGUGCAAUGGAAAUCCUUGCAACAAACAAAGAUUUCGAAAUUAUGGUUUGGAAAAUUAAAGAAACAGUUAAAUGAAACAAACAAUGUUCAGAUCGAAAUUAAAGGAACAUUUUAUCCUUUGUUUUACAUUAAUCAAAAGUGGAUAUAUAAAAAAAGAAAAUAUAAAUUUUGCUCUAAUAAAGAUCAAUUAUUAGAACAAUUAUCAAGUUAUAAACAGCUUAUAGAAAUGGAACCUAAUAAUAAAUGGGCUUAUUUAACCAGCAUUCUUUUAAUGAGGAAAAUUGAUUUUAUAAAAUUUUAUGAAAAUAUUUUAACAAAUUUGAAUGUUCUUGUUAAUAUUGAUUCUCUUCGAUCUAAUUACUAUAAGGAUUUACGAAGCAAAUAUAUAAUUGAGUACAAAAUAUAUGAAUUAUGGAAUGCAGAAGAAGAUCAGGAAAUAAAAACAGAAAUUGAUCUCUCUGGAUUAAACUUAACCACGCUUAAUAAUAAUGAACAUUUCAGUUUCUUUGAACAAAUAAAUCUCAGUGCAAAUUAUUUAUCAGAUUCAUUACAUCAACUAUUUAUAUUGCAAAGCUGUACAAAAUUGUCACUUUCGAGUAAUCAAGUGGAAAAUUUGAAGAAGUUUCCUACAUUGCAAAAUCUUGAAGUUUUAUUAUUAAGAAAUAAUAAGUUGAAUAAUUUAGAAGAAAUAUUACAAUUACUAACAAGACAUAAAUUGAAGUUAUUUGAUUUAAGAGAAAAUCCAAUUUGUAAUACUAAAGAAUUACAAACUAGUAUAGCGCAAAUCAGUCCAGACUUACAACUGUAUAUAUAGAAUAAUUUUCAUAAUAUAUAUAUAUAUUGAUAAUAGGAUGUUAUUGUAUGUAUGAAGUGCAGUAUAGGGCCAAUACAUAAAUAAAAAUCUAAAAUGAGAAACUUAUUAUCUCUUUUGUAGCAUUUACAUUUUUUCUUGUGUAUAACUGGUUUUCAAAUUUAAAUAAUUUUUGGUACAUUAUGUUUUCAAUUAUUAUUAAAGUAUAUGAAAAUAUUAUUAACCCUUUAACUCCCUGUCACGGUGUUGUAGCUAAAGCAAAUGCACGAUUGGUCAGUUUCAUUUAUGAAUGCUCCGCAGUCAAAGGGUUAAAAUAAGUACAACAAAAUAUAAAAUGUGUGACUAAAAUAUUUUAAUUAUUUUUUGUUCUAAAAAUAUUUAAGUUUUUAAUUCUUGUAACUACAUUAUGCUGUAAAUGUACAAAUUUUUAUUUUUAAAUGUAAUUUUCAUGAAUAAUACAUGUGUAUUAUAUGAAUAAUACACAUGUACAUACAUUUCCUUUUGAAAUUACAUUUAAAAUAUUUUGAAUGUUUCCUUGAUAAAUUUACUUUUCAUUCCCAAUUUAGUUUAAUUUAUUCUAUAUUGUUAAAUUGAUAUAUGUACCAAUAAAAAAAAAGAUAAACUGUUAAGAUCGCAGAUUCUUUUGC